AUGGCUGUUCCCUCUAUCACCUCUUUAGCUCCAUUAGCUGACAAAUUGGAAUCUGCCAAAAGAGCUGCUGCAUACAGAGCCGUCGAUGAAAAUGUUAACUUUCAACAUGAUAAAGUCAUUGGUAUUGGUAGUGGUAGUACUGUUGUCUACGUUGCUGAAAGAUUAGGUCAAUACUUGAAGGAUCCUGAAUACAAUGGAUUGGUAUCUCAAUUCAUCUGUAUCCCAACGGGUUUCCAAUCAAGAAGAUUGAUUCUUGAUAAUGGUUUGAAAUUAGGAUCUAUUGAAGAAAACUCUUCCAUAGAUGUUGAUUUUGAUGGUGCUGAUGAAAUUGACGAUCAAUUGAAUCUAAUUAAAGGUGGUGGUGCAUGUCUAUUCCAAGAAAAAUUAGUUUCUACAAGUUCGAAGAAAUUCAUUGUAGUUGCCGAUUACAGAAAGAAGGCUCCAAAAUAUCUAAGUACAAAUUGGAAGAGUGGUAUACCGAUUGAGAUUGUUCCAUCUGCAUAUGUUCGUGUUGCUGAUGAUUUAAAGAAACUAGGUGCAAAACAUGUCAUAGUUAGACAAGGUGGUUCCGCAAAGGCUGGUCCAGUUGUCACUGAUAACAAUAACUUUUUAAUUGAUGCCGAUUUUGGUAUGUUAGAAAACCCAAGUCAAUUACAUGAUAAGAUAAAGGCUCUAGUCGGUGUUGUAGAAACUGGUUUAUUCAUUGAUAAUGCUUCAAGAGCAUACAUUGGUAAUGCCGACGGUACUGUUGAAGUCUUCAACAAAUAA